AUGGAGCUACAGCCCUUGAAUCAGCCUGAACCCAUACCUUAUGCUUAUUUCUCAACUCCACAUAAAGCUCCUAGCGUUUUCUCUAGAGCCUAUUUUACUUGAGUUAAGCCAGUCUUAUUAAUUGGUAAAAAGGCUGAAGCGUCUAUAGACGAUGCUUAUCCUUUGCCAGAUAGCAUAUCUAUUGAAAAAGAAAACCUGACUUAUUUCCUAGAAAGAUACAAACUAUUUUGAGCCCUUAUUCUUUCUAAUUGAAAACUAUUACUUUUUUCUAUGUUCAUCGGAAAUUUGUCUUCUCUCUUCAAUUUCUCUGCUCCACUAUUUAUCAAAGUCCUUAUUUCUUAUAUAAUUAAUAUGGUGGUGAAAAAAUAUGUCCUUACCGACGACGCACCCUUUGGACGCUAAAAUGCUUUAUAGCCUAAAUUAAGUCUCAGGCCCUUUGAUUCUAACCUUAAGCAUGCUGUAUAGCUGCCGUAUGGGUGGGUGGCUUUAGGAGUCAGUUGUUGGCUAUUCCAGUCAAAUUAUUUGUUAUCCCUUGGCUUUUGGUCACGAUUUCUUUUCCUUACGGGCUCCGGAGGCCUUAGCUCUUUUUUUUCCGGGUGCCAUACUUCCUCAAGGUGGCCGAGAGGAGGCUUUGGGCUAACUUUUAGCUCCAUAGAGCCCCAAGACAUACAUCACAGAGUGGUCUUUCUAACCUGUCGAGACUUAAGAGAGACUAGCGCAGGUCCUAGUUCCUCAGUAGACCACUGCUGUCGAGGCCGUAAAAAUCGUUACUACUCCUGGAGAUCAGUGAUCAGGAGGUUGAAAGCGUGCGGAGGCAUCAAACCUGGAAGACCUUAAGACUCUUAACUUAGCUUAUUUCUUACCUGCAAAGCGAUGAUAAGCCUAUAAUGACAGGGAUUUUUAUUAUAAUAGCUUUUUUAGUAGUUGCCGGAUUAGAUCAGUCUGUAAAAGGCUGACAUAUUUUCAAUGAUAAAGUUAUUGAAAUAAAAGUUAAAAAUUCCUUAUGUAUUGUCCUAAAUUGUGAGCUCCAAAGUCAUGUAUGGAAAUGCAGCGCCAGACCAGAGGCUAAAAGAGGGAACCAGUUUACAGUAAAUUAAGGAGUUGACACCCUAGAAUUUGAUAUUUGAGCAAAUUUAAGUUAAUAGCUAAAUAUUUGCUAGCUUAGCUGCUCCUUCGGCCUUGUCUGAAGUGCUAUUGGUCGAGCUUAGUUUGAUCUAUGGGCCUCUCUCAAUCUGACAUAGAGCAUAUAUGUUAAGAGUCGCCCAAUAGAUAUGCUAGAGAGCCUGUCUGCGACUGAGUGAUAGGCUGCUACAUAGCGCUUAUUGUUGAGCCUGUCUAUUCUUUUCCUUUACCUUCUUUAAGUGUCUAUAAGGUUGACAAACAGUUGAAGGGAGAGGAUAUAGGGACGAAGCCUGAAGAUAUAGGACUGCCUAGAUGGACUGUGGUCGGUGACCAUGUCUGAGAACCCUGCAGCAAGAAAGGCAUAGUCCAGACAAAAGAGGUUCCCAUUGGGGUGAAAAUAUGUUGGCUGCUCUGAGGGAGGAUGAUCAGAUCUCACUGCUUCAAGAAAUUUCGCAAUCUCUCGAUGUCAUCAUUCUAGCCCUUAAUAUGUCUCCUGGCCUAAAUAGAGCUUCUAGAGCUUCCGUGAAGGAUAUAUAGAAAUCUCUUUUUGCUUCCCUGUAUGGCUCUCUGAGGUGUUUAGUGAUAGAAUUUUAUAGUUUUAGCCAAGUAGUUAGACUCGGCAAAUUGGGUGGCGAGUUAGUAUUAGACGUGAACCCGAAAAGAAUGCCAUCCGUGUUAACAACCAGGGACUGUAGAAGCCAGCCCUUGGAUGCAUUUGGGUAUUCCUCUGCCGCUUUCCUGCUUGCCACUUGCUUUGGAUAACUACUAACAAAAGAAGAUUUAAUAAUUAAUUUUUCCUUAUGUAAUGUGAUUUAUGCCAAAGUAUUAAAAGCUGCCAAACUUCCUGAAGGCUUAGGAGUCAAUAUAUUAGAAAUUGACACCGCCAAAAUCUGUUGAGGAUUUUUCAAGCUCAGCUUAAUAAUUGCAUCCCCUCUCCAAAUGAUGGUAUCUAUUUAUCUUAUUCAUCUCCAAGUAGGAGAGGCUACAUACUCAGCUAUAGUCUCUCUGAUUUUAUGUAUAGGAAUUGGCUAUAGCGCUUUCCCGAGGAUGGCGCGGAAUGGCGCCAUCCUCGGGAAAGUCAACUAAGCAUCCACACGGGAACUGGGAGUUCCACGUGUGGAUGCCAUUUUUGACAUGUGGGAUCCAAACUUCCACAUGUCAAAAUGGCAUCCACACGUGGAACUCCCAGUUCCCAUGUGGAUGCCUUCCUGGCUUUCCCGAGGAUGGCGCCAUUCCGCGCCAUCCCCGGGGAAAGCGCUAUAUUUGGCUUCAGAAAAUAUUAAGAAAUAUUCAGAAAGCAUAAUGACUCUUAAAGACAAAAGGCUAGAAGCAUCAUCUCAGCUUAUAGCAAAUAUUAAGAUGAUUAAAGCCUACACAUGAGAAAAGUUCUUCAAAAAUACCAUUCGCAACAUCAGGAUAUCUGAGCUAUCCCACUUAAAAAAGUUUCAUCUAUUAAAUGCAGCUCUAUCCUUUAUAUUUUCAGCUACUCCUUGUAUUACAGCUGCAGUCGUUUUUGUUUAUUUUACACAAGUAAUGGGAGAGUCUUUGACUCCAGAAAAAACUUUUGUGACUUUGACGACCUUAAUAGUUCUUCAGGAGUCUCUUCAUCAGUUUCCCUGUUUAAUUACUGAUUUAACACUUUGUAUUGUCAGUAUCAGAAGAGUCCAAAAGUUUCUUGAUAUUAAUGAUUUAAAAGAAAUUCCAAAAGGAGAUAAAAUAAACCUAGAUAAUUGCUCAUUUGGGUAUGGGGAUAAAAUUCUGCUGAAAAAUGUCAAUUUAGAAAUAAAACCAGGGGAGUUUAUUGCAGUGAUUGGGCCAGUUGGUAGUGGAAAAUCAUCAUUUCUGAACAGCUUAAUUGGAGAAUUAGAGCUUCUUUCAGGAAAUGCUGAAGUGAGCAGAAAAAUCGCAUAUUCUCCCUCUUUGGAAUCAUGGCUACAAAAUGACAGCUUAAGGAACAAUAUUUUGUUUGGCGAGCCAUACAAUGAAAAAUGGUAUUUCCAAGUCCUUGAAGCUUGCAGUUUAAUGCAAGACAUCAAUUCUUUCCCCAAUAAAGAUUUAACAGAAAUAGGUGAAAGAGGUAUAAACCUAAGUGGUGGCCAAAAAGCUAGAAUUUGCCUUGCAAGAGCUGCAUAUGCUGAUAAAGAAAUUUAUCUUCUGGAUGAUCCUUUAAGCUCUGUUGAUACAUUUAUAGCGAACCAUAUAAUGAAAAAAUGCUUUCUCUCUUUAUUAUCCAACAAAACAAGAAUAAUGGUUACUCACAAUCUGAGUACUUUAAAAGAGGUAGACAGAGUCAUUGUUCUGGAAAAUGGAAAAAUUUCUCAAAUAUCGAAGCCUGAGCUAUUAGAAAUACCAAGAGAUCUUAUAGAAACUCAUGAGCCAGAAAUCCAGCCACUUUCUUCUCCAACAAGCAAAUUAAUUGAAAAUGAAGAAAAAUUUUCUGGGAAAAUCGACAAACAGCUAUAUUUUGACUAUUUUAAGUUUUCAGGAGGAUUUUCUAUGCUUAUUUUAUCAAUUUUAUGCAUGGCCAUUUGGGUUAUAACUCGUAUUUCUGGAGAUAUAAUACUGAAGGAAUGAAGCAAUGACUCAAAAGAAACCAGUUUAUAUUUGGUACUUUAUUUGUCACUUAGUUUUGGAGGGGAGUUAUUUAUUUUUUUGAAAACAAUGUUUUUAUAUUAUUUCUUGGCUAUUAGGGCUUCAGAAAAUAUUCAUCGUUCUUUGGUUAAUAAGCUUUUGAAAGCUCCAGUGAACUUAUUUUAUGAUGUAACUCCUUCAGGGAGAAUCAUAAACAGGCUUAGCAAAGAUAUUGCGUCUAUUGAUGAGAAGGUCCCUUAUUGUUUUGCGUGGGUGAUUUCUUCUUUGUUUAGAGUUAUUUGUGGAAUCAUAAUGAUCAUGAUUUAUUUUCCUUUGCUUUUAGUGCUUCUUCCUGCUCUUAUUUGGGUUUAUUUUAAAUUGAAAAAUAUUUAUUUAGCUGCUGCGAGAGAGCUGACUAGGCUUGAGGCUAUUUCAAGAUCUCCGAUAUUGAAUCAUUUUUCAGAGACCUUAUCUGGAGGUAAAAUUAUUACUUCCAUCUUUAAAUUGGAACAAGCAUCAGUUAAAUUUCAAAUUUUUUGGUACUUUAAGACCUUUAAAUUAAAAAAAUUUGUUUUUCGAUAGGUAAAUUUUAUCGAUUAAAGUACUAAUUUUUAUAAAAAUAGUUUUAACCUAAUUUAAUAGACAAAGUGCAAGUAGAAUGUUAUUUAAACAGUUCUCAAGCCGAGCCGAUUAAUUUUUAUAUUUAAUCUUUUAUAAAAAUAAAUUAAAACUUAUAUUUUUUUAAGAUUAUAAAAAACAUUUAUAAAGAAAAAUUUAAAUAAUUUUUUUUCAAACAAAAAAUUAAUCCCCUUUAAUCUUUUGUUCCAGUUAAAGGGUGGGGGUUAGAAUUUUCCAAAAAUCUGAGAAAUUUCAUAGCUUUCCUCCCUCUAAAGAGGCAAGAUAUUUUGCUCGCUCUAAAGAGUAAUUUUUAAAUUAAAUUAUUUAUAAAAAUAGGGGAAAAAAAUCAAAAUAUUCCCAAAAAAAUUCCAUUUAAUUUAUAAAUUUCUGCUAUAAAAAAUAUUUUAUAUACACAUUCUAUAUAAAACCUUUUUGCUCGUUCUUAAAAGAGGCCUUCCAAAAAAUGAGAAUUUAGUGGCUCUGUCCAUUUUAAAAUAGGGAUGCAAGAAAAAUGCUGAUUUAUUGGAUAUUAAUGGGAGAUUACUCUACUCUUUAGCAAGUAUUGAAGGCUGGCUCGAUGUGGUUUUAGGGUUAUUAGGAUCGUUUUUCAUUUUUAUUUUACUUAUUGCCAUAAUUAUACUUAGAAAUGAAAUUCCAAUCGGAAUUGUUGGACUUACUUUGGCUUAUGCAUUCACCUUACCUGCAAACAUUGAAUAUUUUGUGUUUGAUGUAGCAGAAUCAGAAAACAGCAUAAUCAGUGUCGAAAGAAUAAAGCAAUACAUGGCCAUCCCUUAUGAAUUACCUAAAAACUUACCAAUUGAUGAGCACCUCAGAUAUUGGCCAGAAAAUCCAUCAAUUGAAUUUCGCAAAGUUUAUAUGAAAUACCGGCUGAAUACCCCAAUAAUCUUAAAAGAUCUUAGCUUCAAGAUCAAAGCUGGCAAUAGAGUAGGGUUUGUAGGAAGAACUGGGAGUGGAAAAUCAUCCAUUUUUCUCGCUUUACUCCGAAUUGUAGAGCUAGAAAAAGGCUUAAUAACAAUUGGCAAUGUUGACAUUUCACAGAUUGGGCUGAAAAAGUUGAGAUCUGCAAUCACUUUAGUACCUCAAGAUCCAUUGGUCUUUUCAGGCUCACUUAAAGAAAACUUGGAUCCUCCUGGGGUAAGAUCAGAACAGGAAAUUAAAAUUGCUUUAGACACUGUCAAUUUAUCAGCGUUUUCUAUUGAUCAUCAACUCCAAAGCAAUGGAUCAAAUUUGUCUGCAGGCGAAAAACAGUUGCUAAGCAUUGGUAGAGCGAUGCUUGCGCACACUAAAAUAAUUUUAUUUGAUGAAGCAACUGCAGGGAUUGACUAUAAUACAGAUUUGUAUAUUCAAAAUUUAAUUACUCCUUAAUGAAUAAACAAAUAAAUAUAAUUACAAUAUUUUGGUAAAUAAGUGAUAAUUAUUAUAUUGAAAUAUCUAGUUAAUUUUGUUGAAUGCUAAGUAGUUACAUCAUAAAUCAUAAAUUUUAUAUAUUAAAUGAAUUUUCCUUCAAAAUUUUUUGCUUACGGGGAUGGGAAGUUAGGAAAAAGUUUGAUAGCUGCACAAUAUUGACUAUUGCUCACAGAUUAGGAACGGUUUUGGAAAAUGAUGUAAUCAUUGUUAUGCAAGAGGGGAUAGUCGCAGAGAUGGGCGCUCCUAAAGAGCUUUUAUCCAGGGAUUCUUUGUUUAGAAGAAUGAAAGAUCGGGUAAAUUAA